AUGUCGUUCGUGCUCGCAUUCGGAAGCAACGUCUUCGUCGCGUCCGGCGACUUGCUCAGAACGUUUCGGCUCGGAGAAAACAAUGUGCAGACGGUAGGAUUUUCGAGUUGAAAGAACACUUGUUGUCCAGAAGAAUGGCAUUUUCUCGAAGUGUUUGCGCAAACAUGUGAUUUGUCCGUAUUUUUCAGGCAGCCUUCACGUGGGACCAACUGGACAUGGCCCGCUGUCACAUUCCGGAGGGGACCACCGCAAAAGACCUGAAAAAGGUCGCCAAAAGAGUGGUAGGUGCUGGAGAACGCUCCAGAGUGAUUCGGAUUGAAUACGUUCUUGAAUGUUCAAAAAUCGUUUCCAGAUUCUGUGCGUGGCGCACUCGAACGUGACGCGCAACCGUCGUCUGGUGGCGCUCGGAACGAACGAGAAGCAGAUUCACGUCAUCGAGUAUUUUGUCGAUGCGAACGAGCAAAUUGUGAAAUGCGAGCACAUUGUGACGAGUGUCGUGCCGAAAGCGCCCACUGCUCUCGCGUUUGACAGGGUACUUGUGAAGUUGAUCAUUAAGUGUCAAUCUUUUUGGGAUUUUUCUCGAUUCCAGGCUUUAUUUUUGCUAGAGGUCGGUCGAAUCUCAUUAGGAUGCGUACUUUGCGAGAUCUUUGGCGAUCAGUUGGGUUUCUUGCCGGAUGGGGACUUCCUUUCAUCGACGGUCCUCCGACCGGUCAUUUCGUGUCUCUCGGGAUCCAUUUCCGCUUCCGCGUGGUCUACCUGCCCAUUAUGUGUCCAGCCCAUCCUAACUUUCUUUAUGGGGCUAUUCAGCGUAUGUAUUCCGGGUCACUCGGACUCUGUCGGCUAGUGACUUCGUACGAGAAAAAAUCCGAAAAAGAUUGAAACUUAUUGAUCAACCUCAUGAUAUUCCUCCGAAAAAACGUCGAGUUUUCUGGCAAAACGUUCAAUUCCUUCGCAUUUAUCUGAUUUGAAAUUUGCAGGAGGAUGCGUACGUGAUUGUGGGGGAUCGUGCGGGAGACCUCGGCCGUUUCUCGGUGCUCGACGGAAAGUACCUGGAGCUGGCCGGGGCGAUUUCGAUGGUCCUCGAUGUGACGUUCAGUCCGGACGGCCGCAAAUUGAUAAUGGCCGACAGGGACGAGAAAGUUCGCUCGAUCCGUUAUCCUCAUGUGAGUUGCCACUGACAAUUGUCGGAACAAACGUGAUUUUCUACCUCAAAGAUGCUAUUCGAACUCACUUUUUUUUUCAAAAAGCGUAAAAAUUCGUGAUAAUAGAGGCAAUUCGGAAGAAUAGUAAAGGCGGGGGUUUGAGGUCCCGGGCGGGCCCUCAGUAGGGAAAAGGGACUCCCUACGAUGAAGACAAUGGUUUUGCGGCCGCUUCGACGCGCUUUAAUACCGCUUUCGAGAUGAAACACUCAAAAAGUAAUGGAGAAUGGAGAGACGCGGCGGAACAAUACGUGGCGGGAACGCAUACAUUUGCAUUUUUCAUUGUUGCGAGCACAUCAAAUAUUGGAAGUUUUUGUUGUGCAAACGCGGCGUUUUACGGACGCUUUUGGGCAAAAUCAAAGCGGAAAUUUUGACUGAAAAGGGCUCGAAGAGGAAAACGGAAAGGACGAGAAAGGGAGCACAACAGAAGCCCGAAAAUUAACUGAAAAAAUAGAGUUUUGUAGUGUUGUCUGAAAAAUUCCAGAGAUGGGCGCGGUGCGGGAACAAACAGGUUUUUGCUCGAAAGUUUCGAACACGUGUACGCAAUUCCGCGUCUGAGUGCUGAUGCAAAAUUGCGUGCACAGGAACAUGUUUGAAAGUUGUCGUCGCGUCGCCAAUCGGCGCUCAUCCCUGCAUGGUUUUAGUGCACGACACCUUUAGAGAAUAGAAUUUUACAAAAUGCUUAACUGAACAACUGAGAAAAGUGCUAAAAGUUGGCCAGGUUAUUCAGACGCACGUCAUCGACAACUUCUGCCUCAGACACAGCGACUACGUGAAAACGUUGGCUGUGCAGAACAACGAUCACGUUUGGAGUGCCGGUGAGUUCCUUAAAAAACUUCUUUUCUCAAUUUGCUUGGUUGUUCGCGAUUUUGUUGCUGUAAAUCACGAAAUUGCCGGCCGCGGCUUUUUUGCGGCCCACUUCCGAUCGGGCCGCAAAAAAGCCGCGUCCGGCAAAUGCCCAGCUCUGUGAUUUGCCCAGAAAAACUCGUAUUUGUUUGCAUUUUCAACAUUUCCAGGAGGCGACAAGCUGCUGCACAAAUGGCAAGUUCUGGACGGUGUCAACCCGCUGAUCACUGUCGAUUUGAACGCGUUCCAGAAGCCGAUUCGCAAACUCGCUUUCAACGUCGCAUUCCAGGUGGGAAACGGGGCGAAAUGCUCGAAAAAUUACAUUUUUGACUUGAUGAUCCAAUUGCUUUCAAACAAUCGGUUUUGCAGAAACUGAUUGUGCUUCUCGAGAAAUCCGACCAGAUUCUGAUUGUCAACGCGGAAAACACGACGGAUCCGGACUAUACUCGCACUACCGUCGGAAACGAGUCGGAAUUUCUGGACGCCGUCUCUGUCGGAAACUUUUUCGUCCUCUUGGGAAGGUACAUUUGUCCGCUCUCCUCGGAAGUUUGGCGAGAAAUGAGUCAAAAGUCACAGGGCUGGGCAAAUUGCGGCCCAGGCUUUUUUGACCCACUUGCAGUAAUUUGAUCGGGCCCAAACUUUGCAGGCUUAGAUCAGAGGCCGAAAAUGCUGCAAUUUUUGCAAAAACCUGGCCUUUUCGGCCUCCGAUCCACAUAUCUCGGGACCGGAUGAUCCGAUCGGUCUGAAACUUGAACCCAAUAUACUUCAAUCAAAGUCUCUGCAAAGUAUGGGCGCGAUCCGAUUCUUGCAAUUGAGUCAAAAUUCCAGGCCUCAAAAGACUGCGCCGGCCUUUUGCCCGCCCCUAGUUUUUUACUUUGUGUAAUUUAUCAUUUUCUUUGCUCGUAUCCCUUUUGUAAAGAAAAGUCUGGCUCAAAAGUGUGCUCCAAGUGGUGGAGACGCAGAAGAAGUGAUCGUUAUCCGAUGGGACGGAACAAAUUGAUGAGAAAUGGAGGGACCGCGUGAUUCGGUCUCCUCCGAUCGGAUUGAACGAAUGUGCUCUUUGAUGAGCUAGAAAACAUGCGAAUCAUGGGGAAAACAUUUUUUUUCUUGUUAACAAGUGGAAAGUUAGGGCACAACUGUGAAGUUCCCAAUGAAAAUGAUCGCCGAACUGUUCAGAUUUCCAAAUUCAAUUUGCAGACACUCUGUGAACGUGCUGGACCUGUCGACUUCGGCUCACCAGUCGGUUCCGCUCGACGCGGAGCUCCUGCAGUCGUUGGAAACCACGCUAGACGCGGUCGACAAUCUGUACAAGAACGUCACGCACAACAACCAGGCCGAGUAUGAAAAGAGAAAGGUUUGUCGCCCUAGAAAAAUUGAAUAAUCCACUUGCAAGGAUCCGAUCGGGUCCAAACUGUGCAGGCUUAUUGGACAUGGAUUGAAGUAUACUGGGACCAAGUUUCAGACCGAUCGGAUCAUCCGAUCCCGAGAUGUGUGAAAAUUGGCCCAAAGCCCGAGCAUUUCGGCCAAAAUCGGGCAAUUUUCACAUAUCUCGGGACCAGAUGAUCCGAUCGGUCUGAAACUUGGUCCCAGUAUACUUCAAUCAAUCAAUUUUGCAGGCGGAAAAGUUUGACGCGAUCGAGCAAAAGAAGAGAAGACUGAACGACGAUGAUCCGCGUUCGAGCCAUUGA